UCGUUUCAAGAAACUAAACAGAAUUAUUUGAAAUAAUUGCCAAGGUGAUGUAUGGAAAGUUCUAAGUUUGGUUAAGUUUGGUGAAAAGAUACCAAUUUAAGCAUGGAUGGUGUACAAGUUGUUGAAGGUAAUCUAAAUGCAGUUGUUAAAGAGUAUCUGCAAAUGUUGGACUAUGCAAAGAGUGUGAGAGAAUUUGAAGAUGAAGUUGGAAAAAAGGGAAAGCAAAUUGAGCUGGAUUCUCUUCCACCAUCACAAGAUGAAAAUCAGUUGCAUAUCCAGAACAAGAUCAUGCAAGCUUUUGAUCAUGGCAAUAACCAGGUUUUCAUAAGACUUUGGUCUGAAAAUAUUCCACAAGAGCUACAAGAUGACACUGCAUGCAAGCGCCUUGAGUUUAAUACUCAACUAUACUUUGCAAUAUUCCAUAUCAAGCAAGGAUCUUCUGACCAGAACAAAAUCGACAAGGGCAUGAGAACGUUUAAAACAUUCCUCGAGACAAGAGGUGCCGCGUUGAGUCAAACGACAGAGUUUGUAACUUUUUAUGCGCUGCCAUUCGUACCUGCAUCAUCACUCAAAAACCAUCCUUCAUUUAGUAUCCUAUUCCAGGAAUCAUGGACGGCAGAGUUGCGGCAGAAGCUUGAAGAUUUCCUCAGCACGGUGUUGUACGCAGCUCCACUGCCGUACUUGUACAAGUUAUUUACGGCCUCAGGUGAUCGAUCAGUGACUGAGAAAACGCAGUAUGAAAAUCACAUCCAAGCUCUACAACAGCAGAUUUCGGAACACGAGUACAGGGCUACACUGUAUUUCAAGAGAUAUACGAAAAUCCAAGGUGACUACAAAAAUCUUAUAAAUAUCGCAGCAGAGCUUGUCGAUUCACUCGAAAGUGCUGUUAGAGGCAAAAUGGUGACACCAGAAUAUCUUAGAUCAAUUUGCGAAAGGCUUUUCAACAAUGCUCAAAACCCGAUUCAGUCAACUGAUUUUACAAGACCAGGCACAGCUGGUUCUUUGCUAAGAGCAUCUGUAGCAAACGCCAAACCUGGGGUUGCCAUUGGAAACGAUGUGCCAUAUCUUCCAUCUCUUAAUUAUAUCAAGAUCAAAGAUGACUUGCGACGUCAAUCACCAAGAAAGAAAGCACUUUUGCUCCAGGCUCUACGAAUGAGAUUAGCCAGAUCCCAAGUAGGUGAGCAAAGAGACGCAGUCGUGUCUGGAUACAUAGCAAAUGAUAUUCUUGGGUGUGCAUCUGAUAUCAAACAAGGAGAGACCAUGGUGAAUUUGCUAAAUUCAUCAGACGAAUUAAUCCAGUCUCAAACUGCUAUGCUCUUCAAUACAUUGGCUUCCUUCACAGCAGGACGAGUGUAUAUAGGACAGUCAGAGGUGAUGAUGAAACAGCUUUUGUCGUGCUUAAAGCGUGAAUCAGAGAGAACAAAAACAGGAGAAAACAUUCUUGGUGCCAUGCAAAAGCUUAGCCUCAGGCGUCAAGUGCAGAGUACAAUGAUUGACUAUGGACUAGUUGCAUGGCUAAUAAAAACAUUGGAAGAACCAGAGCUUUUGAAUGACUAUUCUCUCGAAUAUUCUGUAGCAUUAUUGAUGAAUCUCUGUCUAAGAUCGGCAGGCAAAAAGCAAUGUUUAGAUGACUGCGAGGCUGUAUUGCAACUUCUUGCAGAUUUAUUGGAUCACGAAAACAAAGAGAUACAACCAUACGUGAAUGGGACACUUUACAGCAUAUUGGCCUUACCUACCAUCAGGCAGCGAGCAGUUUCAAUGGGCUUAGAAGAAAUCCUUAGAUGUUAUGUGCAAGAUGAUGACCCUGACAUGAAUCGUCAAAUAAAAUUCAUCAUCAAACAAAUGAAUACAGUUGACAAAUCUGCGACAGAUGAUCCACAAUCUGACAAUGAAGAAGAAGACGAAGAUGAUGAUGAGGAAGGUGAUGUUUUGGAUGCUGAACUCGAUGAGGAAGAAGUGCAAAUCGCAAAACUUGGAGAAUUAUUUGGAGAGCAACUGCUCUCCGCACAGUACCUUGGGGUACUGUCUUCAAUUUCUGUCUCAACAAACUUUGAUUCAAAGGCGCUUGGAGAUGUUUCUCCCUUCACUCAAGAGAAACCCCUCACUCGCCCAGUCACACCAAGGGGGCACUCGAAGCUUACAGCAAUAGAAGAACUGAGCUCCAGGAGUUCCGUGAGAGCUGACUUGAAUUCCCGAAGUGGUCGCCCCAAGACGCAAUCAUCUGGAAGUGCAGCACGGCGAAACGAAAGAACACCAGUUCCAGAGCCAAAUCAAGAGAUGCCACCUCCACGAAGUAGGCCUACAUCAAGACCAACCAAGCUUGAUCCGUUCCAAACAAAAACCAAAAUUCCAAGAACUCCGGAUACCGCAGGCAGUAACCGAUCGCGUCCUCUGACUGGGGAUGUUCCACUACCAACGCGAUCCGUCUCACCACCUGUGCCAAAGCCAUCCAGUAGAGGACAAGAUACAGUCAGAUGUUUUCAAGAUUGUCUGAAGCCCUGUCGAAACAUGAAGAAGAGACAUUUUCAUUGCAAAAUUUGCGAUUAUAUAUCCGAAAGGCUUGAUAACAUGAAAAGGCAUAUUCCGUACCAUUUCUUGAAAACCAAAAAGGAAAGGCAAAGAGCUCCGGACGGCAUCAAGAUGGUGUGUCACGAAUACUUCACAGAGGAAUGUCAUGUUGACGAUUGCAGCUAUCGCGAGAAGAAUUACCCCCAUUUCCAUUGCAAGAUAUGCAAAUCUUGGGCAUGCAAUCAUAAAAAGAGCUACAAAUAUCGAUUGAAGCAUUUAAACCGGAGUCACUACUUGUUCUUCAUGGAAAAAGAUAAUUGCAAGGAGACUUCAAAUGACUCAGCCAUCGAUAGGAAGAUAAAAAUGCUGAAACAACCAGACCUAGCCAAGAUACUGACUUUCCCACCUGCAGAAGAACAAGUACUUAAUGCUCGUCGUAGGGCAAAAAGCAAUGCAAAGAAGUUAGAUGCAUUUCAGUAUUCAAACAGUGGUAAGUUUGAAGAUGCAGAAAGCAAAGUUUUAACAAUGGACUACUUGGAAAAUGCCGGAAAUGACGUAAAGAAUAUUAUGCAGGCAAUCGGAUCGGCUGAUGAAAAGGUGUCCAUUGGCAACGCUGACGAUCAUAGAGGCAAUUUUGAAAGAAGGCCUAAUGGAGGCAACUUGAAAUCUCAGUUGAACAAGAAACAUGUCAAAUUUGGAACUCAGCCUAUGCUGGCUAGUGAAGCCUCAACCUAUUCAGUGACUCUCAAUGGCGAUCUAGGCACGAUUCUUCAGAUAAUAUUAUCGUUAAAAAAGAGCGGGAUAGUUCCAGAGGACCCGAGUUUCCAGAAUAUAAUUCGAAAACAUCCAGACGGUAUAUUGCAACAGUUGAAUUUGCUUGUUAAAAACAACAAUUGCCAAGAAGCCUUUUGUUCGAAGAUGGAUCAAAUAACGGAAUCGACGGAGGUUGAAAAUUUAAGCGAUAACUUAAGUGACGAUGGCUUCUCCGAAACAGUAGAACUUGCAUCGUUUGAUGCGGGUAACCCACUGCAGAUGCUAGCAGAUAAUAUCGGAGUUUUUAAAAACAAGAGUUUUCCCGUAAUAGAACCUCAUAAUAUUUUAGAAUUCCUGUCUAAAAUUAUUGUCGAUGAUGCUGUUGAGGUACCAGAAGAUCAUGAUGUCCCCCUGAUGAAUUCCAACAGCAACAUCGAAAGUGCGAUUGAUGAGCACCUGGAGAAAGAUGACAUUGGGAAUACCGCUAUUCGAGAUGGAUUCGCGAUCGCUGAAUCAAAUAUUAUCAAAGCCAAUGACCAGGAUAUUCCGAAGAGCGGUUCUGUCGAGUCGUCUUCACCAACCAAAAAGCAUAAAUACCAGACCAGGUCUUCGAGGCCACUUACGCAAAAAGGUGAUAGUUUACGACACGCAAAACGAAAGCACUCUUCGAUAACGGCCUCGAAGAAAAUUAAAGGCAAGGGCAGUUGGAACAAAACGGCCAGAAUUCUGGCAGAAUCUACAGAAAUUGUAGACAGCUCUAACAAUUGCUGAGCAAAACAUUCAUUUCUUAGUUGGAACAAGAUUGCCAUCAAGUUGGAACAAAGUUGGACCAAGUUGGAGCCAAAUUGGAACAAAAAUAGAACCAAGUUGCAACUACUCUGAAACCAUGUUUGAACCAUUUCUAGACUCGAGGUCAGUCUUGUAUUACUCCUAAAACAGGUGAAAAAUUUGCCAUUUGCUUCGAAGACAAAUAUACUAGAAUUUUGAUAUUAACCUUUGUCGAUUAAACGUACAAAGAAAAUUGCCUAUUCAAGUAUAUAACUAUCAAUGCUAGCAAGUUAUUUUACUAAUUCAUUAAGAAUAAUAUUUUAGUAGAAAAUUGAUAAUUGGUUUUUGCUAUUUAAUAAAUUGUAUGAAAAUAUUUUAUUUUUGGGAUCUGAAGUAUUUACGCCCAUUAAGUCAAUUACAGUAUACUUUGUGUCGUUUUUCCUAACUUUGUUGUGCAACUAAGUAUGAUUGGAGGACAUCAUGAUUAUAUAGGAUGAGUCUCCGGAUACGGUUGCAGAGUUACCCUUCACUAAAUCAUUUAAGCAUGUGCAAGAGAUAAUUUAAACGCCAACCGCAUCCACUGUAUAGGAACACUGCUUUAACUUUGGUUCUUUGAGUCCUCUGUUCAUGGGCGCUAUAGCAUCCCCUAUUAUUUGCACAUCUUUGUUCCAAGUAAGCGAACUAAACGCCACUCCCUCGGUAUGACCACAUCUGUAUGUAUAUAGAGGGUUCUAGUCCGGUAAUGGUCUUUUCGCUUGACCGAUGUCUCAAUAUUGGAGGAUCACUGGUCGAUCAGUGAUGAAAAGAGUAUCACCUGUACAUUUUUAUUGAAUUUUCUGUCCAGAAGUUCAAAGCUAGCUUGAAAUGAGUAAACUCUACUUGUUUUUAUUUUUCACGAUGAUCACCUUACCGGGCUUUUAUGGCUUCCAUAUCGUUUUUUGUCUAAUUACGUCACUGCAACAAAUACCAAUUCACAAAUCUUUAAAAGGAAGUAUAGCCUAAGACGUGACAUAAAAAUGGCAUAUCAAUACAAUAGAGUUAUUCGUUAGCACCCCCCUCCCGAGCUGGACAUUGGCUUUUGAAUACGAGAAUAUCCACGCCCACAAAGAACGAUUCACCAAAGUUUACCCCUGGGUAAAAGGCUUCAACUCCCUUUUUCUGAAUUCAAAAACAUUGGCUUCAGAUGUACAGGUGUGAAAUAAACUCUAAUUGACAAUUUCUAUGAGCAACGUUAGUCCCAUUGAUUUUAUAAGUUCGAAAAUAUUUUCAAUAGCUUUCUUUUACUGAUCACUUGAGGAUAAGCUGAUGUAUUUUGUUUAAGAAUAUUACAGAAUUAAACCAAUUAAAAUAAAAAUAUGUUAUGUAAACAAAAGUAAGAAGAGCUGGCUAGAUAUGAGUUUUUAAUUGAGCAUAGCUCGUUCUUGUUCAAAGUGUUAAGUUCAUGUAGAUGAUCAGUGCAAAGUCAAUGUCAUAUUUAAUAAGGCUUUGCAAAAUAGGGCUUAAUCUUGUUGAUUGACGGAAAAAUAAUUCUUGUGCGCUUGAACCGGUCUAAGACGAUGUUGAUUUAUGUUCAGCCAAUGAGUUUAAUAGGUGCACAAGAACGUGGCCUUUUUAGUGGUCUUCAAAAUGCUUAUUGUCGUAUGACGGUGAGAGAAACAAAAUCUUCGGAAACAGUUCGCGAUUGUAGCAGAAAACAGGGAUAAUUGGCAGGCGAACAACCGGCGAACAACCGGCAAACAACCGGCGAAGAACCGGGGAAGAACCAGCGAAAAACAAUAUAUUGUAGCUGUUUUUU